AUGGAUGCUGAUCGAUUUGAGUAUCUCUUCAAAUUUCUAAUAAUCGGAAAUGCGAGUACUGGUAAGACCUGCAUCUUAAGGCGCUAUACUGAACAAAAAUUCUUUCCAAAUAUUCAACAUACAAUUGGAGCGGAGUUUGGGAGUCGAAUUAUCAACGUGGAUGGCACUCAGGUCAAGAUACAAAUUUGGGACACUGCCGGUCAGGAGCGUUUUAGAUCGAUGGCACGGUCUUACUAUCAUGAUGCUGUGGGAGCCCUUCUUGUCUACGAUAUUACUAAUCGCAAUUCCUUUGAUGAUAUUCUGAAAUGGCUUGGUGAUGCUCGUCAACUUGCCUCACCUGGAGUGGUUGUAAUUCUCGUUGGCAACAAGAAGGAUCUUCAGGACACAGAUGGUCAGGUAACCCACUGGGAAGCAAAUUCUCUAGCUCAAGAGAAUUUACUCCAGUUCAUAGAAACCUCAGCACUUACCGGUGAAAAUGUAGACGAAGCGUUCGCCACUUGUGUUCGCGGUAUCCUGGCCAAAAUUAAAUCGGGCUUGCUUGAUGCUGAUCGAUACGCAGUUGGUGGAUUGGCGGGUCUUAAACAGAGACAACAGCAGACGGUAAAUUUGGCUUCAUCAAGUAGAUCCUCAUCUUCGACCAAUGGGGUUGGCCAAUCCGGUGCAUGCUCUUGCUAA